CUAUAAGUACUCACAGGCUCAGCUCUCCGGUGCUCACUCACUCAAGCCUUAAACCCCACCGACCAAAGAGUGCGCACCUAACAACUCAUUCUUUACGAGUUGGAGGGCCAAACUUGGAGCAGAGAAACACAGGAGAUCCGACGCAGAAAGAAAGACAAGAUGUCGUCCUACGUUUCCUCUGAAUGCCGCCGCGUCAGCCCUUCUGUCCAGGGCAACAAGUUUGACACGGCGCACCGCAAGAAGGCCGUUGCAAACAUUUUCGAGAACGUCAACCAGGACUCGCUGAUGAGACUCUUCCAGAAAACGGGUGACAUGAAGGCGGAGGAGAGAGUGAGGAGCAUCUUCUCCUACACCCUGGAUCCGGAAGAGACAGCUCGGGCCCUAAUGGCUCUGAAGCAGAGAAAGAAGGAUAAGUUCCUCCAGAUCGCAGGCAUGGUCCGGCAGCUGCUCAAAAUGCGUUGACUGUGUUUUACCAGUUUUUUUACCGCCUGUGUCUCUCUCGGCUCAUGUCGAGCCAAAUGUGAAAACACUCCCAAGAUGGCUGGGUUACCGCCGAUAUGUUGCUCACCUUUCACAUGGAAAGGAGCGUUGGGUGCGGUGGAGAUUGUGCCGGCCUCCCGAGGGCAACAUGUAGCAGCUGUCGCCUCAUGGACGGACGGAGGUGACAGCGGAGAUUCCCUCCAUCACGGAUGGAGCAUGAUGAACUGACUGGGAAUAUGAAGGACACACACUUCUUCGCUGAGACUUGAAUUCAUAAAUGCAUUCCUGUGGAUGCCUUCCUGUAAAGCAGCCCUAUGUACAAGUGCACUUCACUGCGCUAAUGCUGGUGUACAGCUGCAAUCUGAGACUUUACAGUGCCGAAUAAUCUGCCUAUAUAAAUGCCUGUCCUGAACACAUGCCUUGUCUCACAGCUUCACUUUGUUAUAUGAAAACAACUCGUUGGUGGCCAUUAAUGUGUUAUUGUCACAUAACCGUAUAGCACAACGAUUUGCAUUUAUAAUAUGUUCCAUUGUUAAAUCAAUUAAAAAUAUUUAAUU